AUGGAACAUUCGCUGUUCUCCAACAACUCGAACAGCUCGGAAAGCUCGGCAAUCGCGUCCUCCACUACCACCGUUCUGUAUAACACGGCCAGCCCAGUAGGACACGCGGUUCAGCUCGGGGGAAAUAGUAGCUGCGUCAAUGUCGGUGAAGUAUCCUCAACGUGCAGCGUCGGUUCGGCCGAUGAGACGGCUUCGUCGCCGGGCUAUAUCAACACGGCAACCGAGUCGUCAAUUUCGAGUUUGGAUGAUCUUAAAAAUGAAGAUCCACCCUGUGCCGGUUCGGACGCCAGCUCGACGACGACCGCGAAAACGUUCGUCGCCUGCCGGGUGUGCGGUGAUAAAGCAUCCGGCUAUCAUUAUGGCGUUACCUCGUGCGAGGGCUGCAAGGGUUUCUUCCGGCGCAGCAUACAGAAGCAGAUCGAGUACCGAUGUCUGCGGGAUGGCAAGUGUCUAGUGAUACGGCUCAACCGCAACCGGUGUCAGUACUGUCGCUUCAAGAAGUGUCUCUCGGUGGGCAUGAGCCGUGAUUCCGUUCGGUAUGGUCGCGUGCCGAAAAAGUCACGUGAAGCGGGUAGCUGUAGUGAGGAAAACAUGAGCAUAUGUGUCAACUCGACGACUCCUUCGGUGACACAGUUGAACGGAGCGCUCGGAAACGGUCACACGAACAACGGGAACGGAAUGCCCACCACGACGAUCAGCAACAGCGGCAGCAACGGUAGCAGCAACACCGCCAUCAACAACAGCACGCCAAACGCCAUGUCCACCAACAGCUGCACCGAGAUCAGCACGUCAACGACGAUCCUGCCCGACUCGCUGACAUUCACACCACCGGAACUGUCCGUGUACGAUAUCAUCCAGUGCAUUGCGCAGGCACACCGUGGCCACUGUACCUACACGAGCGAGCUGGUCAAAGAGCAGACCCGGAUAUCGCUGCUCAGCUGCAGCGAGAAACAUAACCCACUCGAAUCACUCGAAGAUCAACGGAUUUGGUUGUGGCAGCAGUACGCAAUGCGCAUGACACCGGCCGUACAGCGAAUUGUCGAGUUUGCCAAACGGGUACCGGGAUUCGGUGAGUUUCUGCAGGACGAUCAGCUGAUCCUGAUCAAGCUCGGUUUCUUCGAGGUGUGGUUGACACACGUUGCCCGCUCGACAAACGAUUCUACGCUAACGUUUGACGAUGGCGUGUACAUCACGCGACAACAACUGGAAGCGAUCUACGAUCCGGAGUACGCCAAUGCACUGUUCAACUUUACCACCGGUCUCAACAGUUGCUGUCUGAGCGAUACCGAGAUUGGACUAUAUUCUGCGCUCAUCCUGCUCUCGGACCGACCCGGCCUGGUCGAGACGAAGCUGAUUCUCAAAACCCGCGAAUGUAUUGCGGAAGCGUUGCGAGUACAAAUCACACGUUCGCGUGCGAACAAUGGCAUCAGUGCGCUGCAGAUAAUGCCCGCCCUGGAAGCGAGAGUGCACGAGUUGCGAAUGCUGGGCGAAAAACAUUCCGCGCACCUGGAAUGGUUCCGGACGAACUGGAGCAUCGUACGAUUGCCGCCCCUGUUUGCGGAAAUCUUCGAUGUGCCCAAGUGCGAGGAAGAUCUGCAGUGA